UGAAGCAGCAGACAAACAUACAUAGCUGUUAAUAAAUUAUCAUAUAUUGAAAAAAUAAGAAGAAGAAAUUAAUGGCAACUGAUUCAAACAAGAGUGAUGGUAAGGAAGAAGAAUACGCAGAGUGUGCUUGGAAGAGUCUUCAACACGAAGAACUGACGGAACUUGAACAUGCUGUAGGUCAUGUCAAUAACAAUGAAAAAGAUGAAGAGAAACUGAGACAACUGAUAGAAAAAAUCAUAAAACACUUCCAAGAGCACUCUGAGAAGCGUCUCCAUCUAGCCCGAAAAGACGUGUCCCCAUUCUUCGCACCCGCCUCGUGCUCUCCCUUGGAGAGUUCGGUCCUAUGGAUCGCUGGCUGUAGACCUUCUUCUUUCAUUCGGCUCAUUUAUGCCCUCACCGAAUUUGAACCUGACGCCCACGAAACUGAUCCGUGUCUUGAGGGGAUCGUAAGCAGGAAGCUCCGCGAACUAAGUGGGAAACAGUUGAGCAUGGUUAACGAGUUGCAAGGCAAGACGAUUCGAGAAGAGAGGAGGAUUUCGAAUAAAUUUGCUAGUUUACAAGAGGACAUAGUGGAUCAACCGCUUGUGGGGAAGAUGAAAAAAGAGGGACAUGGUUGUGAGAAAGCGGAUGAAGCUUUGGAUGAACAUAGUAGACACAUGGCGGAUGUAAUUGAAGAGGGUGAUCAACUGAGGAUGAAGACGUUGAAGGCAAUAGUGAACAUACUUGAACCGGUUCAAGCGGUGGAGUACUUAGCAGCAGCUAAGAAAAUGAGGUUUUGUGUGCAACAAUGGGGAGAGAAGAGGGAUCAGCAGCAUAAGGAGUAGUAAUCUACUAGUUUUUAAUUUUAUUUUUUUAUGAUAAGGAAAAAAAAAACAUGUAUGGGUGAAUUUUUCUGGUUAAAGUUAGAUUAUGGUAGUGCACCCUUAA